AUGGGUGAUAAUGAUGGUGAGACACCUCUUCACUGUGCAUCACGCGAUGGUCAUCUUGAGGUUGUUCGGUAUCUCGUUGGUCAAGGAGCACAGGUUGAUGGAGGCGAUAACGACGGCCAAAGACCUCUUCACCGUGCAGCACACAAUGGUCAUAUCGAUAUAGUUAGGUAUCUCGUUCUUAAAGGAGCACAGAUUGGUAGGGCUAUCAAAGUAAUUAUUGAACCUCAGUCCAGGAAAACACGCAAUACUACCGACGUUAUCGAAAGUCUAGCUCGUAACUUGUCGCAAGGACCAACAUUUGACCCGGGUACUUAUAAUACUAAACAUCAAGUGAUCAAUGGUUCUAAAGCUAUUACAGCUUUGUAUCUCAAUGAUCACGGAGAUUAUAAUUGUCAGACACCUAUUUACUAUGCAUCAUGCAAUGGUCAUCUCGAUGUUGUUCGGUUUCUCGCUGGUAAAGGAGCACUGAUUGAUUACCUACAUAGUGGUCAUCCGUCACCACUUCACUGUGCAUCACUCAAUGGUCAUCUUGAUGUAGUUCAGUUUCUCGUUGGUCAAGGACUACAAGUUGAUGAAUAUGAUGAUGCUCGUCGGACACCUCUUCUAUUGGCAUCACUCAAUGGUCAUCUCGACGUAGUUCAGUACCUUGUUGGUCGCAAUGCAGAGACGAUUAAUUUGCAAAGUGAGGAUGGUCAGACACCUCUUCACUGGGCAUCACUCAAUGGUCAUCUCGACCUAGUUCAGUACCUUGUUGGUCGCGGAGCACGAAUUGAUCGUCGAAGUUUGGAUGGUCAGACACCUCUUCACUGGGCAUCACGCAAUGGUCAUCUCGACGUAGUUCAGUACCUUGUUGGUCGCAGAGCACGAAUUGAUCGUCGAAGUUUGGAUGGUCAGACACCUCUUCACUGGGCAUCACGCAAUGGUCAUCUCGACGUAGUUCAGUACCUUGUUGGUCGCAGAGCACGAAUUGAUUGUCGAAGUUUGGAUGGUCAGACACCUCUUCACCGUGCAGCACACAAUGGUCAUAUCGAUAUAGUUAAGUAUCUCGUUCCUGAAGGAGCACAGAUUGGUAGGGCUAUCAAAGUUAAUGGAGGCGGUCAGACACCUCUUCACUGUGCAUCACGCAAUGGUCAUCUUGAUGUAGUUCAGUACCUCGUUGAUUGCGGAGCACGAAUUGAUUGGCUAUGUUUGGAUGGUCAGACACCUCUUCACUGUGCAUCACGCAAUGGUCACCGCGACGUAGUUCAGUUUCUCGUUGGUCAAGGAGCACUGAUUAAUAUCCUUGAUAUUAAAGGCCAGACACCUCUUCACUGGGCAGCAUACUAUGGUCAUCAUCGGGUAGUUUGGAGCCUCGUCAACAACGGAGCACUGAUUAGUAAGCGUGAUAAACAUCGUCGGACACCUCUUUACUAUGCAUCACACAAUGGUCAUCUUGGUGUAGUUGAUUAUCUCCUUGGAAACGGAGCCCAGUUCAAUAACAUUGAAACUUAUGGUGAAACACCUCUUCACUAUGAAUCACGUAAUGGUCAUCUUAAAGUAGUUGAGUAUCUCGUUGGUCGAGGAGCACAGGUUGAUAAGUGUGAUGAUGAUGGUGAGACACCUCUUCACUAUGCAUCACGCAAUGGUCAUCUUAAAGUAGUUGAGUAUCUCGUUGGUCGAGGAGCACAUGUUGAUAAGCGUGAUAAUGAUGGUGAGACACCUCUCCACUAUGCAUUACACAAUGGUCAUCUUAAAGUAGUUGAGUAUCUCGUUGGUCGAGGAGCACAGGUUGAUAAGCGUGAUAAUGAUGGUGAGACACCUCUUCACUAUACAUCACGCAAUGGUCAUCUUGUUGUAGUCCAGUACCUCGUCGGUGAAGGGGCACAGGUCUUGAUUGUUGAUUAG